CAGCCUCACUCCCAGCUUAUCAGCCUAUGUGCUCAGCCCAGUAUUUGGCCGGGUGACAUGAAGGAGAGGGAGCAUUUGAACAUUAAUGCUUUUAAAUUAAUAAUGCGAUAGUGAUGUUUAACAAAUGCCAUUCUUCUUGUAUUGUAAAGUUUGAUUCAUUUCCGCCAUGACAGACAUGGAACAGGGAAAUCAAACCUCCCUCACAGAAUUCAUCCUUCUGGGAUUUGGGACUGUCCCCAAACUGCAGAUUUUUCUCUUUCUGCUGUUCCUUGUGAUUUACAUUGUGACCAUGGCCGGGAACAUCCUCAUUGUUGUGCUAGUUGUGACUGAUCAGCACCUUCACACCCCCAUGUACUUCUUCCUGGGGAACUUGUCCUGCUUGGAGACCUGCUACACCACCACCAUCCUGCCAAGGAUGAUGUCCAGUCUCCUGACUGGGGACAGAACCAUUUCUAUUGGUAGCUGCAUCACACAAUUUUACUUUGCUAGUUUCCUUGCAGCCACCGAGUGUUAUCUCCUAGCAGUGAUGUCUUAUGAUCGGUAUCUAGCGAUAUGCAAACCACUGCAAUAUGCAACCAUUAUGAAUGGUAGUUUCUGCCUCCAGCUAGCAGCUGGGUCUUGGAUAAAUGGACUUCUAGCUCUUAUCAUAAUAUUUUCUCUUAUGUUACAAUUAACUUUCUGUGGUGCCAAUGAAAUUGAUCAUUUCUUCUGUGAAUCUACACAAAUAAUAAAUCUCUACUGUAAUGAUAUCUACCAGGUGGAGCUUGUAAUCACCAUUGUGGCUGCUUUAUUUACCCUGCUCCCAUUUGCUUUAACUGUCACAUCCUACGUUUGUAUCAUCUCCACCAUCCUGCGAAUCCCUUCCACCUCUGGGAGGCAAAAGGCAUUUUCUACUUGCUCCUCUCACCUCAUUGUGGUGACAAUUUUCUAUGGGACCCUGAUCAUUGUGUAUCUGCUACCAAAACCCAACACACUCAGAGACCUCAACAAAGUGUUCUCUGUCUUCUACACAAUUCUAACUCCUAUGGCCAAUCCCUUCAUAUACAGCCUGAUAAACAAAGAGGUGAAAGAGGAUCUGAGAAAAAUUGUCAGUAAAUGUAUAGAUUUUAUAAGAAUUCAGAAAUGCGACUGUAUUUUUUGAAAGACAAAAUGAUGAGUGUAGCUGAUUUACAUUUUAAAGCUCAGAGGUUGUGUGGCUCUUAUUUCAUUCUAGGUCUUUAGUAGUAUGAAGUUGUAAUGCUUUAUUUUCCUUGCUAAAAGUGGGUAGAUAAUGUUUGGUGAAUUCCAUAGACUAAGAAAAGUAAAAUAAUGACUUAGGGCUGGAUCCAGAAAGGGACUUAGGCAUUGCAAGGCCUAACUUCUAGGAAUCCACACUCAGGCUGGUGGGAUCAGGGCGCAUGUCUACAUUGAAAUAAAAAGGCCCAUGGCAAGGCUGUUGCUGGCCCAGGUCAGCUGACUUGGGCUCGUGGGGCUUGGGCCGCAGGGCUAAAAAUGGCAGUGUGAAUGUUUGGGCUCGGACUGGAGCCCAGGCUCUGAAACCCUGUGAUGCAAUUAGAUCUCAGGGCCCAGGCUGCAGUUGAAGCUCAGACACCUACACAGCUACAUUUAGCCCCUCUGCCCAAGCCCUGCGAGCUCGAGUCAAAUAACCUAGGCUCUGAGAAUCGAUGCCAUGGGAUUUUUAUUACAGUGUAGAUGAACUAAUACAGUUUAAGGCCAGAAGGGAUGGCCAGAUCAACUAGUCCAACAGCGCACAGUGAACCUGUGGAACUCCUUUCCUGAGGAGGUUGUGGAGGCUAGGACUAUAACAGGGUUUAAAAG